AGUGCCAUAUGGCUGCUAACGGAAUUGGAACAAUGAUAGUGUUUUAAGAUCUGGAAUAGCAUUACUUGAAGAUGUGUGCAUACACAUGCCCACAUUGAAAAGGGGGAUAUUUUUCUAAAAUAUGAAGGAAGGUUAACAAGGAAGGAGCCAAAUGGAGAUGACACAUAUGUGUUUGAAUUCCAUUUCAAGGGGGAAAAGUGUUGGUAUGUCUGAUGGAUCUACAGAAGAUGGCAGUUUUGGAAGGCUUGUAAAUGACUCCUCCCACCCCAAUUGCAAAGUGCAGUGCUUUGAGGAGGAGGGUCUACCAAGCUUGUAUUUCGUUGCCCUCCGUGACAUUCUGCCAGGAGAAGAAGUUGUGUAUAAUUAUGGUGCAGGACCAUAUCCAUGGAGGAAAAAGAAAAAACAGCAACGAGAAUUUUGCAACAACAUACCAGAACUUGUGGUUAUUGCAAGAACUGGAGAAGAUAGCGACCGAUUUCCAUUGGUCAAUCAAUACUGUUUGAUAGGAAAUUCUAAAAGCUGUGACGUUAUAUUAUCCAAGCCAGGCGUGAGACCAGUCCAUUGCCAACUUGAAGUUAACAACGGAAAGGUGUUUUUAACCGACUAUACUCAAACAGACAGUGUGAGAUGUUUGCAUUGGGGAGAUAUUUUCUCUGUUAUGGACAGAAGAUUUCGACUAGAGAAACAGAAGAGUUCUGAGAAUGAUGUAGAUGGAGGCAGAGAGCACGACCCCAAUGACAAAUACGAAAAAGAAGACAAAGACAAAGUAGAAGACCUAGAGGGGACUCUCAAGAAUGAUACAGAUGGAGACAGAGAGCAUGACCCCAAUGACAAAUGCGAAGAAGAAGACAAAGAUGAAGUAGAGGACCUAGAGGGGACUUCUGAGAAUGAUGUAGAUGGAGGCAGAGAGCACGACCCCAAUGACAAAUACGAAAAAGAAGACAAAGACGAAGUAGAAGACCAAGAGGGGGCUUCUGAGAAUGAUGCAGAUGGAGGCAGAGAGCAUGACCCCAAUGACAAAUGCGAAGAAGAAGACAAAGAUGAAGUAGAGGACCUAGAGGGGGACUACCAUGAUUACGAGGACCCAGAUUCAGAUUAUGUUCCCACAUCAGACGAUUGCACUGAUGAAGAUGACCCUACUGAUGAAGAUAAAUCCUCUGAUGAAGAUUUGCCAGCGGAAGAAGAUGAAGAAAGCCACGUCUCCUGCAGCGAGGAUGAGAGUCAAGUGAUUCCAAUAAUAAGUUCAUCCACAAGUACAAAGACAUUACACGUACAAAAAUCAAACAAAAACUCUAAAGGAAAUUUAGCUAACAAGGAACAUGCUUGUCUCUACUGCCUACAAAUGAGACAGAAUAUUGCUAGGCAUUAUGAAAGACAACACAGUGAAGAAUUAGAAGUUGGCAGAAUUCUUGCCUUAACGCCUAAAACCAAGGAAAGAAGAAAUAUGUGGGAAGUGUUGGUAAACAAAGGAGACUUCAACCAUAAUUUUGCUGUCCUAGAAAAAGGUCAUGGACAGAUCAUUCCAAAAUAUAGAAAAACAGAAGAAAGUGAAAUAAGCAGUCUGCUUCCAUGUCAGUUUUGUUCUGGACUAUACAAGAAAAAAGAUCUUUGGAAACACCAAAAGUCUUGUGGUAAAAGAAAUGAAAGUAAUUCUGGUAUAAGCAUUGGUCCAAUUGCAGCUGGAAAAAAGCUGCUGCCAAAAGUGAGUACAAAUAAAGAAUUUGAAAUGAAUGUCCUCCACAUUAUGAGAGAUGAUGCUGUGAAGCAAGCUGUUGUGUCAGAUUCAUUAAUUUUGCAGUUUGGAAUGAGUGAAUAUGAAAAACAAGGCGAAGAACACAAAACUGUUUAUACUUCAAACAAAAUGAGGGAAUUAGGUCGCCUUCUAAUUGCUUUGAGGUCGAGAAACAUCAUGUCCAUUGGAGAAUGCAUGAAAGGCCUGUAAUUGGACAUAUUUAUCCAAUGUGUCAAGGAUAUUUGUCAGUUUGACAAUAACAAUUUUAGGACCCCUUCAUUAGCCUUGAAUAUUGGCUACAGAAUGAAAAGUGUUGCCGAAGAGGCAUACUUUCAAGCAUUGAAAUUAGAAGACACGGCUCAAAUGGACAAAUAUGAGUCUUUCCUUAAAAUGUACAAAAUAAAAUGGAAAUCUAGCAUAUCAUCAAGGGCCUUACACAGUCUUGCAAACAUAAAGUACAACAAACCAAAGUACCUACCAUUAGUGGAAGAUGUUGUUAUACUCAACAAAUUUCUGAAAAAAAAGGCUGAUGCAGUUGUGCAUACAGUUGAAACAGAAAAACAUUCGGCAAAUUAUCCAGACUUUGCCAAAGUCUGUCUGGCUCAGUUGAUUCUGUUUAACAGAAGGAGGAGUGGGGAGGCGCAACGCAUGACUGUUGAACAAUAUCAAAUGGCAAAAAUAGGUGGUAAAGUUGAUCCAGUUGUCAAAAGCAUUUUGACAGAACUUGAAAAAAAACUUUGCGAGACCCACCUUCGAGUUGAGAUAAGGGGCAAGAAAGGUCGAAAAGUUCCUGUCCUUUUCACAACGGACAUGCAACGCAAUAUUGAAGUGCUUUUAAAAAUGCGAUCAGGAGCAGGAAUAUCUAAUGGUGGCCUAUUAUUUGCCACACCAGGAAAUCAAAAGAAACCAUACAGGGGCACAGAUGCUUUGAGGAAAAUGGCAGACAGUUGCGGAAUGAAAGAUCCAGCGUUGAUAACAUCAACUAACCUCAGAAAGCAGCUUGCAACCUUAGCACAAAUAUUGAACUUGAAAGAAAAUUCUCAAGAUCUGUUAGCAACAUUCCAGGGGCAUGACAUAAGAAUCCAUAGAGAAUUCUAUCGCCUUCCUGAAAAUGUACUGCAAGUUGCGAAAAUGUCCAAAGUUCUCCGAUGCAUCAACAACGGAUCCAUUAGCAAAUACAGUGGGUGUGACUUUGAAGACAUCACCUUCAAUCCAGAUGAAGCUGUGGAGUCUGAUACAGACGAUGAUGACGAUGCAGCUGAUCAAGAUGAAGAAAUCAACACAUUAGACCAUCCAGAUGUCGCCCACACCCAAUGCGACAAGGAAGCUGUUGGAAAAGUUGCAAGGAAGAGACCCAGAAGAGAUGAUUUUAUUGAGGAUCAAAAGGAGGAACCUAAGAAAAAAACAAAGAAAACAGCAGAUAAACACUCUUGGAACCAUGAAGAAAAGCAGGCUCUGAAAUCCUAUUUUGAAAACCAUCUGAGAUUAUCAAAGGUCCCAGGAAAGCUUGACUGUAUAAAUGCCCAAAGAAAACAUCCGUGCCUUCUUAAUUUAAAUUGGAAAAAAAUAAAGUUUGCUGUUUACAACAUGGUGAAAGCAAGAAAAAAUAUGUUACAGUGAACAACUGAUGAAAGCAAAAUAUUUUACAGUAAAAAGUGCUUGCAUAAAUAUCGUGGCUAGCUUUGCUCACUUCAAACAAAUGACUUCAACAGCCUUGGUAUUUUGAGUUAUGCCUCCUUAAUAAAUUAGAAUAUAAUUAAUUGUGUCAGGCCAGAGCUGUUUCACAGUAACAAUCGAUUGAAAUUUAAUGAAACUAAAAAUAUUUGCGUGUAUUCAUACAGUGCAUAAAUUUGCUUGAAUUGUAUAGUUGUAAAGGUGUGGCUAUUCUGCCGUUGAUGUUAAGAUAGUAACAUGUUCUAAGGUGAUGUCGAUGUUUCUGAUAUGUUUUUAAAUUCUGUAUAUCAUAUGUCAUUUGUGCACUGCAAAAAAUAAUUCAAAACUUUUAUGUAAAGCAACUAACCUGUCCAUAUGAUAACAAAAGUAUAUUUUUAAAAAGUUGUUUCAAUAAAUAUUUCCCUUAAAAGGAGAUUCUUAAAUGUUUCUGAUAAGUUUAUAUGUUAAUUAACUAUCUAUAUACAUCAAGUUUUUUAACAGUUAUAGUUUUAACUGUCAAUUGUUCUUGUUUGUUUUGAAUACCUUUAUAUCACCCAAUCCCAUAACGUUCAUUUAAUGUGUGCCCUUAAUAUCAAUUUAACAUGUCAGUGUUUAACAACAGGUGAUUUUAUACUGUGAUAAUAUGAAUUUUCAAAAUGAACUUCAUACCUUGUUGCAAAAAAAUACAAUAUGGGUGUUUUGAGUUACAAAUCUGGUCAGCUUAGUUGAUGUAUUAAAAACCUGGUGUAAUUUAUGUUAAAUUAAAUUGUUGAAGUACUGAAUCUCAGAAUGGUCCCCAUUGUCAUAGAAAAAAACGGAAAUGCUUGAAUAUUUGCAUAGGUUAUAUUUUUUAAUUAACUUACUUUUAUUUACUGAGGUGACUAGUAUGUCAAAAGCGAAGGUCACAAAAUUGCUAUAUCCCUACGUAUUGAGGGCCCCAUAUUGUGAAAUUGGUCAUCUUGGGAUUACAACCGCAUGAUUUUAAUGGACAAUGGGACCAUGUGAGAUGCUGCAUCUUAAAUGUUUUACGUUAAAAUUGUUAUACUAUUACAUUGUCUUGACCAAUGAAUUAUGUCAUUUUCCAGAGAAUCAAUUGAAUACCACUCUCUUGGUUUGUUUGUUGGUAUCGAUGUAUGAAAUGUACCCAUGAAAUGAACAUAUUUUGAAUGCAGCAUACAUGAGAAAUAAAAUUUUAAAGCUGAA